UUUUGGUGGUAGAUAACUCAAUGUCAAUGAGCGUAAUGGACAUAGCUAAAACAAUCGCACGUAGUAGUGUCUUUCUUGGUCUUCUAUAAGAGCAUACAAAAUUAAUUUUUUUUUUUAAAGUUUAUUUUAUUUUUAGUUUUUUUGUUUUUUUAAAUUUAUGUGGAAACGACAUCAGGUUUUCAAUGAAUUCAGUCAAUUAAAUUUUGUAAAGUGACAUUCUUUAAAAUAAAACGUACAAAAAAACAGGAUAUUCAAUGUGGUUUUUUACCAUAAUUAGCCUUUUUUUGGCUUUUGAAAAAAUUAGUGGUUCUAUAACAACAUCAGAAUACCCACCCCUUUUUCCUGCAUUAAUUCAAUUAUUCGCAGAUGGAGUGAAUGCUAUGAAUCGCGCCCUUCGUGAUGAGCCAGUGACACAUGUCGAAUAUGACUUUAUCAUAGUUGGUGCAGGAUCUGCUGGCGCAGUAGUUGCUAAUCGGUUAACAGAAAUUCCUUCAUGGAAAAUAUUAUUGAUCGAAGCUGGCGAAGAAGAACAUUUUGUUAUGGAUAUUCCUUUAGCGGCAAAUUUAUUACAAUUUACUAAAGCCAAUUGGAAAUAUCAAACUAUGCCAUCAAAUAAUUACUGCUUAGGACAUAUAAAUAGGCAAUGUAAUUUUCCUAGAGGAAAAGUAAUGGGAGGAUCAAGUGUGCUCAACUAUAUGAUUUAUACAAGAGGACAUAGAAAUGAUUAUGAUACGUGGGCCAAUUCUGGAAAUAUUGGUUGGAAUUCAGAUGAGGUUUUAAAAUAUUUUCUCAAAUCCGAAGAUGCUAAUAUGACUUUUCGAGAUGAUGAGUUCCAUAGAAAAGGAGGUUUUCUCUCUGUAUCUGAUAUACCAUACAGAAGUAAUGUGGCAACUGCCUUUGUUAAAGCAGGGAGAGAAAUAGGAUAUCCUGUGAGAGAUAUAAAUGGAGAAAGUCAAAUUGGAUUUAAUUUUCAUCAAGUUACAAUGAAAAACGGUAUGAGAUAUAGUACUAACGUAGCCUUUCUUUAUCCAUUAAAAAAACGAAAAAAUUUACAUAUUCGAAAAAAAAGUCAUGUGACCCGAAUUAUUUUUGACAAAACAAAACGCCGAGCAAUUGGCGUUGAGUAUGCUAGGUCAAACAAAAUAUAUAAAGUUUACGCCAGAAAAGAAGUGAUAAUUUGUGGAGGCGCUAUCAAUUCUCCACAGCUGCUUAUGCUAUCUGGAAUUGGGCCCAAAGACCACUUGGUAUCAAAAGGAAUAAAAGUAAUACGAGAUUUACCAGUUGGACGUAAUUUAAUGGAUCACGUAGCUUUAGGAGGAUUGACGUUCAUCGUCAAUGACACGAAUUCCAUUAAAUCACAGAGAAUUUUAGAUAAUCCUAAUUCUCUUUAUGAUUUUAUGAAAUACCGUACGGGACCAAUAACAAUACCCGGGGGUACUGAAGCAAUUGCGUUUUUCGAUCUCAGUCGACCAAGAGAUCCUAAAGGACAUCCUGAUCUAGAAUUAUUAUUUAUUAAUGGAGCUGUUAGCUCAGACGACUCAGUUAGAAGAUCUUUUGGAAUUUCUAAUUACUUAUAUGAUCGAGUAUUUAAAAAAACUGAAAAUAAAGAUGCAUAUAUGGUGUUCCCAAUGAUUUUGCGGCCUAAAAGUAAAGGAUUUAUAGAGCUAAAAGACCGUAAUCCUUUUAGAUACCCUGCUAUCACACCAAAUUACUUUUCGAAUGAAAAAGACUUAGACAUAAUAAUAGCUGGAGUAAGAAUUUGCCAACAUUUAACUAAAACCAAAGCUUUACAAAGUAUUGGUACCAGGCUAUGGGAUAUACCAAUACCAGGGUGUGAGUCCUUUGCAUUCGACUCUGAUGAUUAUUGGAAAUGUGCGGCUAGGCAAUUAACUUUUACAAUAUAUCACUUAUCUGGUACUUGUAAAAUGGGACCACUGAAAGACCCUACUGCAGUCGUCGAUCCAAGGUUACGUGUACAAGGAAUUGAAAGACUACGAGUUAUAGAUGCUUCUAUUAUGCCAGAAAUACCAUCUGCGCAUACUAACGCGCCAACAAUAAUGAUAGCUGAAAAAGGCUCUGAUAUGAUAAAAGAAGAUUGGGGAAUUCUUAUUUAGAUAUAAUAUUAAGUCAAACUAAAAUUUUAAGACUGAUGAAAAAUGUUUAACAUUACCACACUUAAAAAAUUAUCGAUUUAUUGUAAAUAAUUGAAUAAAUUGCAAUUGUUUUAACUAAAAUUUAAUCAGUACAACUAUAAUAAUGUAGUUAACUAUUUUUAAUAAUUGAUACAACUAUUUAUACUGAAUAUUAUAUAAUGUGGAAUAGACCUAACUGGCAACUCUUAUAAUUUAAAAUUAAUUCAAAUAUAAUAAUUCAAAAUUAAAAAAAAAUAAUAUCUUUACUUACUCAAAAAUCAACUGCCCUCUUACACAUACCAUAAUACGUCCACAUAAAAUAUUUUGUUACAUUGAUCACUCAAAUUCAACAAAACACAUCUUGAGAUUUUCACCAAGUAUUAUAAGUGCCACUUUUGAACGCAAUAAAAGUAAUCCUAAAAACAGGAUUUCUUAGUCAAUAUUCUUUCACAUGUAA